AUAUGAACUUUCCAAUAUUAAAAUGAAUGUACACUAUAUUGCCAAAAGUAUUGGGACACCCCUCCAAAUCAUUGGAUUCAGGUGUUCCAAUCACCUCCAUGGCCACAGGCAUGCAGACUGCUUCUACAAACAUUUGUGAAAUAAUGGGUCGUUCUCAGGAGCUCAGUGACUUCAAGUGUGGUACUGUGAUAGGUUGCCACCUGUGUAAUAAGUCCAUCUGUGAAAUUUCCUUGCUACUAAAUAUUCCACGGUCAACUGUUAGUGGUAUUAUAACAAAGUGGAAGCAACUGGGAACAACAGCAACUCAGCCAUGAAGUGGUAGGCCCCAUAAACUGACAGAGCGGGGUGAGUGCAUGCUGAAGCGCACAG